AACUGUUAUAGGUUGAUACAGCUGGGAAAGUAGACAAAACAAUAAGCAGCCUGGUCAGUUGUUUUUUGUUGGCGUCAGGAACUCGCCCUGAGAAGACACAAAUGAAGCCUGCUGCUCAAGAUUUCCGUUGAAGGUUAUUCACUAAACAGGAUGCAUUAGUUUGAGUCUUGUUUUGGUAUUGGAAGGCCUAUGAAGAAUUCUUUCUCCAUUCUCUGAGAUGAACUGAAUAUUUUCUCCUCAGAGCGAGAAGUAUUUUAACAUUAAUGAUAGUGGCGGGAUGAUGCGUGUCCUGAUUCUGAUGUUGUCCUUUUCUGUCGCUGGCGGAACAGACCGAGUGAGGACAACGUGCACAGCCGAGGCUUGCCUUACAUUGCAUUUGGAGGAGGAACAGUUUGAAAAGGCUAAAGAAAACUGUGUCAAUAAUGGAGGCAAUUUGGUUACUAUGAGAAAUGACAAUGAAUUUCAGAGAGUUAAAUCGGCUCUUUUAGCAGCAGAAGACAACAUCCUUAACUCUAAAGUUUGGAUCGGGCUUGAGUUGCCGAAAAGCCGCUGCACUGAUUUCACUGAGGAUUUGCACGGCUUCAAAUGGACUUCAGAGCCAAACGACUCCAAAUAUUCCAACUGGAAAAAGAAACCACUGAGCACGUGCACGGAAAACAGGUGUGUGUCGAUUUCGCUGGCUGAUGAUCUCAAGUGGACAGAUGGAUCGUGUAGAGAAAGCGCAUUUUAUAUGUGUACAUUUCUAUCCAAAGGCAUGUGCAAACCCAUAGUGAUGGAAGAACCAGGUGAUGUCAAGUACAAUCUUCCGUUCUUAGAACCGCAAGUUCAAAAUGAAAGGUUGACGAUGUUACCACAUGGGACAUGGGCUGAAAUACUGUGCGACGGGUCGGAGGAUUCACAAUCUUUUACCUCAAUUUGUCUCGACAAAGAUGGUAUUUUUGGCUGGACAAAUUCAGAGCGUUUUUGUGCAAGAAAUAAAAGAAGUUGCACACAUAAAAACGGAGGCUGUGGUCACAUUUGUUCUGAGACUGCAGAAGAAAGUGUUCGUUGUGAAUGUCGUGAAGGUUAUUAUCUGAUGGAUGAUCAAGUUAAUUGUGCUCUCAGAAACAACUGCGAAAAUUCACCAUGUGAAUCAACGUGUAUACCGACAUCUGCUGGGUUUUCAUGCGCAUGCGCGGAGGGAUUUCAGUUGGCUGAAGACAACAUAAACUGCGUUGAUAUCGAUGAAUGUAAUCAACAUAUCUGCGGUAAACACAGGUGUCACAACACGCUGGGAAGCUAUUUUUGUAUGUGUAACUCAGGUUACAGGCUUGUUGCUGGUAAAUGUGAAGACGUGGACGAAUGUGCCGAAUCCAGAUGUGAUCAGGGCUGUCUUAAUUCGCAGGGUUCAUUCUCUUGUUUCUGCCACGCAGGUUAUCAUUCAUUAUCAGAGAAUAGAGGAAUGUGUACAGAUGUAGAUGAAUGUCUUAGUAAACCAUGUGAAGACAUCUGCCUCAAUACUAUAGGUAGUUUCAAAUGUUCCUGCAGGAAAAACUUCAUUUUGGCUAAAAAUGAAAUCAGCUGUGUCCCGGAUCCUACAGAGAAACCACAAAUCACUCCAUCUCCAGAUCACAGAGAAGCGUUCAUCACUAAAUUGACUCAGUUAACUUCCGGUUUUGAAUCGUCAACAAUCAGACCCCCUCCACUGAACAAGACGAACACUCAGGUGGACUCCAGUAAACGCAAAGAAAGUUUUGUCAGUAGUUGGAUAUUCGUGUAUGUCUUAGCUUCAGUUAUUCCAUUGGUUGUGCUCAUUGUGCUCAUAUCAGUUUUAGUCAUCUGGAAACGUUCAAGAAAAGAGACUUUGAAAAAUAACAACGCUGACAACUACUGCUGGGUUUCAUCUGGAUUGGACAAAGAACGGAAAAAAAUCAACAUUCAAUUGAACAAUUUAAUGUAGCCCAAGUGUGAAUGCUUAUUUUCCGUCAGCAUCAUAUCUGACAGAGGACUUUUAAAAUUGUUUUUGUGAAUUCUAUCCUUAUAUUGGAAUUCCAGAAUUAUCUAGGCCUAUUUUUUCCCUCUAGAUGUUGGAUAAAAAGUGAGCAUAAUAAAACCACAAAGGAUAAUUUAAGGCAAGGGUCAAUGAAGACAGGCUAUACUAAUGAACAGAUAAACUCUUUUCAGCGUGUUUUCUGUCAGGGAGGCAAGUUUUACCUAUAUGUUAUGUUGUCACUUAUUAAAUACAGUUUCUGUCCUUUAA